AUGACAAAAAGCCCACUGCAAACAAAGGAAAAAUUCCCUCCAAUCGGCAAAUCCCAAAAAUUAUCAUCAAAUGCCAACCCGACGCAAAGUUUCAAUCAAGCCGUGGCACACGAACGCGAAAGUGGCAAGCCACGAAGUAGUGCAGAGGAAUCUGUUGAUGAAGGAUGCCGCGUUUGUGGAAUGGAUGACAACUAUUCCAGACUAUUACUUUGUGAAGGAUGCAACGGAGAAUAUCAUACGUACUGCUUAACUCCUCCACUUGAAAAAGUCCCAGUCGAAGACUGGUAUUGCGAUCGGUGCACAGCUCUUGUCGAAAUCCUGAACAAGAAAAGUGGGGGAGAACCGAUUGGCUCUAUCCCUCUUAUUAUAUCUCAGGGAUCCGAAGGCAAUUCCAAGGCUGAUCCAUCCCUGCCAUCAAAUCACUCUACUAAAAAAAAGUCUUUGGUCGAAAGUUCGCCGUAUGAUACUGCAGAUGAGGAAUUACCAAUGAAAGAGAUUGAUACGCGUAACGGAUCCACCGCUCCAGAAUACCUCGAUGAAAACACGCUACGUUUGGUUAGGCUGUACGUUGCGAAGUGUCGACCUCAAGAUAUGCUAAACGAAGACGACGUGAUUCUGCUCAUGCACAGAAUGGACCGGCUCACUGCAUACCAGGCUGAGUUUCAGCUGAAUAUUCCUGGGCCAGCCAAUGAAAGACAAGAGGUUUUGCUGGAAGAAAUUAAAGACGAAGAAGAAGACCAUGUUCUUGGGCGAGAGUUUUUCCACAAACUUGUCGCAAAAAUUCAGAAGGAAAAUGUUGAAUCACUCGAGAAACGCACACUCGCCUGGUUAAAGCGGGCUACUGGGAUCCAUAGGAGUAGUACUGAAUCGUUCGUAAGAGACAACACAUCUAAAACAGGCUCCUCUAGAACGAAAGGGUCUGGUCGGCGAUGCACUAGAGGAAUGGUUCGUCAAUUCAGAAAAAAAAAGAGUGAGAAAGGUCUCGAAAUACUAAAAGGGGCAUUGGAUGAGCUGGAGCCGACGCUUGGACCCUUUCAUUCCGCUUUUCGGAAGCGCAGGCGUUCAAUAUCGACCUACGAUGACGACGAAAGAAGUUCGGGGAAGCAGCGAAAAAAACAGGAACAAGUACAACGAAAGAAUCAAAAAGGAAUGAAGGCUAAGAUGAAUAAAGAGAUGAAGAAUGGGCUUAAAAGAACGAAGCCAAAUAACGAAAACAAAAGGAAAGCCUCUCCAAGCUAUCCCAAUCUGCUUCAUGCUUUGGAUUGGAAGAGACGAAAGCAGCUACAUUCGAAAAGGAAUAAACCUGGAUCGAGCAUAUUGCUGGACAUAAACCAUGCGCAGAGGUCGUUGAAGUUGCCAAAGAAGCUCCGAAACAAGGGCAUCGUUAUGACUUUGCCUCGCUGGGGCAGCAUCAAACAGGCAGAAUCAUUCGCUCCCAAAGAAUCGGUGUUUGGUCCCCCUCGUGGGCUUUACUCUGACCAACACUAUUCUUUCUGGUCUUUAAGACUCAUGAACUUUCUUCAAAGCAGCGCGAGGACUUGGGUGUCGCAUGAGUUUUUUUACAGUGACCUUGAUAAAGCUUGGUACAAUAGCAGUGCUCUUUCGAAAAUGGCAAGAAGGUUUGGUGUAGAUCCAACGAUCAGUUUAGAUUCAGCAGAAUGGAAGUGUGUCAGACGUGCUUUACAUGGGAUAAAAGCGAAGCCGCGUCGCUUUUCACGCUGCUUUAUUUCUGAACAGCUACAUGAAAGGGACGAAUUUCGAAGUGGAGUCCGGCUGCUUCAACAAAAUUUAGGUGCAUCCCACGCCGCCUAUGAUUUGAAGUCCUGUAUCCCCGUGGGAUCAGUUGUAACUGCAUACAGUCAAACGUUCGGUAUGCUUCAACGUGGUACUGUCUUGACGUUUGAAGCUCGGAACGCCCAUUAUCUGGUGCGGUUCGAAAAUAUGGACUUUGGGUACGAGUACUGCCCAGACUCUGAAGUCGCGAGCCAUGGUUCGGUAUUGCCACUCCAUGUGAGCGGCGGGGCGGAGUCAAAGACAACUACCUCUAAUGCAAUACUUCGAAAGUAUUGUGCGCCGGCAUGGUCACGGUCUAUGAAGUUGGCAACGGAGCUCGAAGGUUGCACAGAAUUUACCCCUUUUCGCAGCCAAUCGCAAAAAAAGGGACGUCGGUCCAUUUCGGAGACAGACAGCCAUUGGGCAUUUAUAAAAGAAGCAGCUGAAGAAGAAACGUUGCAAUGUCUACUUGAUGUCAUCAAUACGGCAGCUAUACGAAAGUCUGCACUUUUGAAAGCGAUCGACACAGUAAUCACUCCUGCAAAUUCAGAGUUGGAGAAAGCAAAAUCGGCCAUUCAAACACAAGAACGAGAAGGAAAUCUUGCUUUGCUUGUUUUGAACUUGGAGAAGACGAACAAAACGAUUCGUAAUAGUGUCCGGAAAAUACGGCUUCUGUACGCCCAAGUAUAUCCAUUACGAAUGAAAAUUUAUCGCGGCAUCUCUACUUCCCCAACGGCGUGA